AUAAAAAGUCAGGAUGGAUUCGGAAAAGAAAGCAUUGCCAAGCAUUUACAAUAUUUCACAGUCUGAGCAGGAGUCUCAGAAACCAGCCAGCAAACCCCACAAGAAAUACGUAAUAGGUGCAGUUGUGGCUGCGAUGAUUCUACUAAUUACAUUGGGAGCAGGUCUAGGGGCACUGAAACUUAGCAAUCAAUUUGCCAAGGACACCAUUAAGGAGUACAGGCUAACAGCGAAUGCUAUUAUAAAAGUGGACACGGAAAAUGAAAUCACAGAAAUCGAAGACGAAAAAGAGGGCUGUUCUGCGUCCAAUGAUUUCAGAAAGGAAUUAACAAUGCUAAAAGUCGCUGAUGAUGACAGCUAUGUGUGUUAUAUUUACCCCCUCAAGAGAAGCGUCAUUACACCCAAGGCAUUGGUGAGCUACAUGGAAAACCACGCUGAUGCAGAGGGUUUGAUAUCACAAGACAGAAAUGCUGAUCUACAAAGAUACAUAUCAGUCAAUGAAACAAUCGGUGAUCGCAGAUUUCUGAGCCAGCACAUAAGAAAAGCUUGUGAGGGCUACCCUAUAUAUUGGCUCAAUUCUGCUGCAGAACAAACAGAUAAUGCAGAUGACAAAAAGCGAAAUACCCGAGCUGCCAAACCAAACUCAUGUUCGUGUUGCUGUUGCUGCAACCAAAUGAUGUGAAAGCUCAUCCACCUGUUUGUUCUGAUCUGCAUUAGAAACAAAAGACAGAUCUUGAGGACUGGGACAAACAAAAUCCUUCAUAUCUAGCCUUGAUCACUUUAUCAUGGAAUUUAUACAUUGAAAACAUUAACAACGGUGUCAGUGAUAUAGAUGUAAUUGAUGAGGUAAAACUUCAAAAACAAAAGAUUUACCCAGGGAGAUUUACUUAUUGUAUUUCCAAAUGCAAUACAUACUAUCAAGUAGUAAAACUACAUCAACAGAUCCCAAAAGGGUGACAUACUGAUAAAAUGAGACACAAUUUGUGUGUUAGUGUAAUUUUUUUAAUCAGAACAAAACUGAAUCUCUGAACUCCCUU